AUGCAAGCCAUCACAAUCACAAUCACCAGACCCGAAGAAAUGAACCGCGAGCUUUCUUUGCAGGUCAAUCUUGCGGUACACUUGAACCAGCCAUACCGACACAUCGUUCCAGCAUGCAGAUCUGUAGACCCUGGGCUAGCUGCAUGCACAAACCUGACGAGCUCGCUCGGAGCUAGCAAGGUGGCUGUGAGCCCCCUGGAUCUACGAUACAUCGCGAGCAGAGAAGACUACUGGAACGCGCUUCAAAGCGAGUACCAGCCCUCGUGCAUUGUAUACCCAGCGUCCGCCCAAGAUGUAUCCCUCGCGUUGCAGGCUAUCCGGGCUUUUGGCAGCCGGUUUGCAGUCAAGGCCGGCGGCCACAACACCAACAACUUCUUCUCGUCAGUGGAUAGUGGCGUUCUCAUUGAUAUAGGCUCUAUGAAUGCGAAAUCCUAUGACCCAUCCACAACGCUUGCCACGUAUGAGCCCGGCAGCACCUAUGGCGAGCUAUACGACUAUUAUGCCCAGUUUGAUCGGACCAUACUCGGCCCUACACUGGCUGGUGUCGGUACCGGGGCUGGUCUUGGUGGUGGCUUGGGCUAUCUCUCGCCUCAAUACGGCAUGGCAUGCGAUGACUUUCGCGAGCUGGAGGUCGUCUUGCCCAGCGGAGAAGUAGUGGAUGCGUCGGCCGAGUCGUAUCCAGAUCUCUUCUUCGGUCUUCGCGGAGGAGGCGGAAAUGCCUAUGGGAUUGUCACCAGAUAUACCGUCCAGAGUCGACCAGCGACACAAUUUGCUGCGGGCAAUGUUAUCUACCUGUUCGAGCAGACUGAUGCCGUGGCAAGCGCCAUCAGGGACUUUAUGCAGUACAAUCCAGACCCCAAGGCAAGCAUUGUUGCAACCUAUAUGAAACUACCGACGCCGGGUCUCGGGUUGAAUCUUGACGAAGCCAUUCUCCUGUUUCUUGUUUAUGAUGGUCUCGACCCAGGUGAUGUGUUUGGGAACUUUACCAGCAUUCCUUAUCUGCUCAACACCAUGGCUAUCAGAACAUACCCAGAAGUAAUCAACAUGCCAAUACCAUUCCUAACCCAACUGACGCGAGGCGACAACACUUUCCGCGUCGGGGUGCAUCGGGUCAAUGAUGAUAGCUACCAGACAACCAUUCAUCAAUGGCGCGACUGGGCCGAGACACACAAGAGCAGUUACGAACUGCUCUCGUUCAACUUUGAGCCUGUUCCUCGGAGCCUGACGGACGCUAGCAACUCCCAGAAUGGAGGGAAUGCUAUACAGAUGCCUGAUGGGCCCUGGUUCUGGAUUAGUUAUAUUUUGGAGACUCUUCCUGGUCUGCCACAAGCUGAAUAUGAGGCUAUACAAGCUAGUUUCCGUGAUAUGGUCGAGGCAUCUGGUAAUGCGGAUGGCUUGCCACUGUUCAUCAGCGACGCAAGCGCGGAUCAGAAUCCGUUGUCGACAUUUUCGACGUUUGCAAGAUUGCAGGAGAUCAAGAACACGUAUGACCCAGACAACUUUUUUGCCGAAAAAACAGGCGGCUGGUCUUUUACAUGA